AUGUCAAACGAAACGACUCCACUUUUGAAUACCUCGUCGGAGUCUCAGUCUGAUAACCCUGAGAAUCAUGAAGUAUCGGCGGGGCAAAGCAAUAAAAACUCGACAUAUCCCUUGAAAGAGAGUGAAGAGAAUAAUGAAGGAAAAAUCCAAGGAAAACGAAAGAUCGACUUAAUCGAGGAUGUCAACCAGUUAUAA